ACCUUGUGGAGAUGCUGCUUUAGUCUGCUUACCUUGGGUUUUUCUUCUGCUAUGCAAUAAUGCCAGUCUCUUUGCAUGAUUUUUUUUUUACAUGCAGCUACUACCGUCAUGCAAAUGUAGAAGGUAUUAUUCUGUACAGAUUUUAGGCAGAGCAGGUAACAUCAACUGCUUGUUAUGGGACUAGGCCCACUUUCGAGUCGCUUUUCUUCUGAGGACACUCCCUACCACUGUCCGACGUCACCGACCAGGAGUGAAUGGUCUCUGUAAAAAUACAUGGAAUUGAUGAAAGGGAAAGGCUCAGGGCUGUACGAAACAUGAUCGUUUUUUCUAUUUGUAUUAUAGGCAAACGUGUAGCGGAAUAAUCGACAUUUUCCUAGUCAUGAAGGCACACGGAUGACGAGUUUUUCCGUUUUGUAAAGUAAACAUGCGAUUGGUGUUGCGUGUUUUUUCGUGUUGUUGUUUUUUUUUUGCGAGUGAGAGAUAACUGUUUUCAUGUCUAGCGGAUUGGAAUGAAAGUCCGCCAUAUUCUGCUUUACCACGCCCGGGAGUCAAGCUCUUGGAAAUAAAGCGGACACGUUGUUUCAUGUAUUUUUUCAUCAAACGGAUGAUAUGAUAGGACUAUAUUGGACGUAGGAUAUGAAGACAUGCAUUUUAAUAAAAUACGUGAUAAGGAUGACUGGGCAAGAAUGAGAAUGCUUAUCACAAAGACUACGAACGGAUCUGUUGAUCAUAUUUAGAAGAUAAUUCACACUACCCAUUACCCAAUUAGAAUUGUACUGACAUUUAGUUAACUCCCCGAGCCACUGUUUUCUGACUGACAGGCGAUCAGAAAGGACACGAAACGGGGGGCAACACAAAUAUACAUUUUAUUUUAACCACAUCUAGGCUAUGUCCUAUUUAUAUUAAACGCGUCCGUGUUUUUUCGCCAGCUGUUAGGGCGUGACAUGAUAUUCGUUAACUGUUAUAAUUUAUUGCAACUGGAAUCUGCAUAAAGAAGCAGGAAAAGUGAUUUUAAAAGAAUGACCCUUGACUCCAUAAUGGCGUGUUGCCUCAGCGAGGAGGCGAAAGAAGCCAGGCGGAUCAACGACGAGAUCGAAAGGCAGCUCCGCCGGGAUAAGAGGGAUGCUCGGCGGGAAUUGAAGCUGUUGCUUCUCGGUACUGGAGAGAGUGGGAAGAGCACCUUCAUUAAACAGAUGAGAAUCAUCCAUGGCACGGGCUACUCAGAGGAGGACAAGCGCGGCUUCACCAAGCUGGUGUACCAGAACAUCUUCACUGCCAUGCAGUCCAUGAUCCGCGCCAUGGAGACCCUGAUGAUCCCUUACAAAUAUGAGCACAACAAGGGCAACGCUAACGUGGUCCAAGAGGUGGAUGUGGAGAAAGUCUACACGUUUGAGAACCCCUACAUAAAUGCCAUCAAGUGUUUAUGGAAUGACCCGGGCAUCCAGGAAGCCUACGAUCGGAGACGGGAGUACCAGCUGUCGGACUCUACCAAAUAUUACAUGAAUGCAUUGGACCGGAUUGCAGAGACCUCUUACCUGCCCACCCAGCAGGAUGUGCUGAGGGUUAGGGUCCCCACUACGGGCAUCAUUGAGUACCCCUUCGACCUCCAGAGUGUCAUCUUCAGGAUGGUGGACGUAGGAGGUCAGAGGUCAGAGAGGAGGAAGUGGAUCCACUGCUUUGAGAACGUCACAUCCAUCAUGUUUCUGGUGGCACUCAGCGAGUAUGACCAGGUGCUCGUAGAAUCUGAUAACGAGAACCGAAUGGAGGAGAGCAAAGCCUUGUUUAGGACCAUCAUCACAUAUCCCUGGUUCCAGAACUCCUCUGUCAUCCUCUUCCUCAACAAGAAGGAUCUGCUGGAGGAGAAGAUCAAUUACUCCCACCUGGUUGACUACUUCCCGGAGUAUGACGGUCCCCAGAGAGACGCCCAGGCGGGCCGCGAGUUCAUCCUGAAGAUGUUUGUGGACCUGAACCCAGACAGCGACAAGAUCAUCUACUCCCACUUCACCUGCGCCACGGACACCGAGAACAUCCGCUUUGUGUUCGCCGCAGUCAAAGACACCAUCCUGCAACUCAACCUGAAGGAGUAUAACCUGGUGUGAAAGCCAUAGAGUUAGAAUCCUAGAAGGGACUUCUUCGGCAUGAGCGGAGCAUGACUGGGGCCGAGGCCCUUCUCCAACAUUGACUGACUGAAUGUCAAACUGACUGCCAAAACAAACAUCUAAUGGUUGCGUAAUGCUAAUUUAUUGCCAUUGUUGACCCUUCCUUUCUUUUGUCUAUUUAAAAGAAAAACAUUAUUGAGGGGAUUUUGGGGGGUUUAAAUGUCGUUGUUGGAUAUGUACAGCACCGUUCCUCCAAUUGUUUUAGGCUAAUUUAUUUUCAAGACACGCAAAGUGACAGCUGGGUUUCGUCCGCCUCUGAUCUUGAUUCCAAGGUGCUCCUGCCUUCUGUGUUUCUGAUUUGACCCAGUCGGUCCAUUCCACCGCCGGUCUGUGGCGUCCAUUCUUCUGCCUCACACUUAUUUUCCUCAGAAAGGGUGAAAAGGGUUGAUACUGU